AUGCGGGGGGUGGGUCGGGAGGUAGGGCGGGGGCUAGGAGGUGGGUUGGGAUGCAAGGGAGGUAAAGGGAACAAGGGUGUCCAUCGGUUGAGAAUUGGGUCAUGGAACGUAGGUUCAUUGACAGGUAAGUCUAUAGAGUUGGCGAAGAUCCUCAAGAAGAGGAGGGUCAAUAUAGGUGUGUCCAGGAGACAAGGUGGGCAGGGUCGAGUGCGAGGGACGCGGAUGGGUAUAAACUUUGGAACUCUGGAACCCAGAAGGUGCACCGUAAACGUUGUUAGUGCCUAUGCGCCACAUGUGGGCCUAGAUGAGGAGGUUAAACGGCGCUUUUGGGAGGGGUUGGAUGAGAUUAUUCGUCAGGUAGCACCUACUGAGAAGUUAUUCAUAGGAGGGGAUUUCAAUGGCCAUAUUGGGUCGACCGCAGGUGUGUAUGACGAAAGGGAGGAGCAUUUGGUUACGUUUCAAAAUGCAGUGGCGAAGACUCAGAUUGACUAUCUCCUUCUCAGGAGGCGUGACAGAGGGUUGUGCAAGGAUUGCAAGGUAAUUCCAGGUGAGAUACUUGUGACGCGACAUAGGCUCUUGGUGAUGGACGUUGGUAUUAUGGUGAAGAGGAGGAAGAUGUCUGCUCGAGAAAGACCGAGAAUCAGGUGGGGAGCCUUAACUAAGGACAAAGCUCAAGAGUUGGAAGGGCGGUUGUCGGUUAUAUGA